CAUGACAAGUGUCAAGCGUCAAACAAUGUGGCUAAUGAUUCUGAUGUGGCGAAUAGCAUGGAAUUGAUAGUCGAUGCGCUCUUAGUGAGGCAAUCGGCCGCGGCCCCUAGGUAUGGUCUUGUUAUCACUUAUUGGCAUAUGGAAUGGAAAUUUAUCGCGAGCGAGAUCAGCAUUGUUUAUUUCAUUUUAUUCUGGUGCGUUGGACAUGGCAAGUGCCGAUGAGAUCACAAUCACACGGGAUGGCGCUGGUGUCGCCACGUUGCAUUGUGCUGUUAUUGCAUUUGCAUCGGACGGUAUUCGCCUUUCUGCACCGGGUAGGUACAUACCACUGGCAGCUUCAAAUUUCUGGCAGCAGAGGAAACGAUUCGACGCUGAUGAAACAUUGCAUGAUGUGUACACGCUUCGUACUAUGUAUAGAGCAAAUCGAGUGUUCCGUACGGAGCCUACGUAACAACAGGGGCGCUGAUGACAUGGUGGGUGACGAAGAUUGCACUGGCACGGUCAGCGACGGCCCAGAAAUUGAGGAGUUUUGGGACGGGCCAGUCACGUCGUGGAGGAUUGGCCCGAUUGGGGCAAGGCUGGAGUCCGAUGGUACGGCGGGCCAAUCGCACAAUAAUAUAGUUAUUAAUUAAUUAUAUUAUUGUCGGGGAUAUGUCGUACUAAA